GGCAAAUCUGUUAUUUUCAACUGAAGAAAUAUCCCUUCACUCCCAGAAAAACCUCUUCAGUUCACGUUUGCUAGACGCCAGCGCCGGCGCAGUCACCGUCACCGUCACCCUGCCGGAAAAUCAAGAAUAGCAAAUAUUCAGUUUUGGUGUGCCCCAAGAAGUUGCUUUUAAUAUCAGAAUGGCCAAGCGUGAACUAUCCGGUACCUUGAGGAACUUGAAGUUUAUGCAAAGGGCAGCACUGAGAGAGGAAAAGCCUAAGAAGGAAGAAGAAGUGAUACCUGAUGGAAACUUCCCCUCCUCUAGUACUCCCAAAAGAUGUGUUAUCAUUAUGGAAGGGGAUCCCCACCCUGGGGCUAUAAAAGGUCGGAUGUCUUUUCAAGGUUUUAAUCCUUCUAUUGAUAAAUUGAGUGAAGCAGCUUCAAAACCACGUCCCGAAGGUUCUUCUUCUGCUGCUUGUUCUUCGGAGACGAGUGAACUGAUUACUAAAAGAGAAAAUGGUACAUCACAAUGUGGGUUGGAGAACUCUGAUAUGGACGACUCAUAUGACGAUCCUAACGAAGAUCUUAAAUGGAAACAAGAGAAUACAUCCUCAGAGGUGCAGUAUUCAAACAAAUCACAUAAGAGAGUCCUGGACGAUCCAGCCUCGUCACCUAGUAGUAGCCGGAGAUCCAAAAUGCCACAUAGAUUGGACUGGAGUGUUCUCAAACCUCCAAAGUCGCAAAAGAGAAGACGGUAAGUGUAACUUAAAUGUGAUUUUGUGUACCGAUUUAGCAAAAUUCUGUAUUUUCAAUUUAUGUUGUGGAAUGGUAACAUUAGUCUAUGGUGAUCCUAAAUUAUAUUUUCUCAUUUGGAGUUAUUUUGUAUCCAAUAAUAUUAGCCUCUUUUACUUUUGGAUUGUCAUGAUCCUCUGCCUCUGCUUACAAAAUAAUUUCCGCCAGAUUUGUUCUUUUGGUUGCUCAGUUGGUUGGCUACGUGAAUUUUCACUUUGUUGUGAGGGUUUGAUUUCUCACCUUGUUGCAUUUA